UCAAAACAAGGCAUGACAGCUUAAACGUGAAAUUAUAAACAAACGUCACAAGAACGGUUCUCGUCCUCAUUGUAUACUGAAAAUGGCACAGUAUAUAAAAAUAUGUUUUAUCUUAGUAAUUGCUUAUACAUACAUCGUAGGUGGGUCAAAAAACAAAAGCAAAAAUAAAUUACUAGUAAAUCGUGAAACUCCUGGACCCGGCUGCUUUUGUAAGCUGAAUGGAGAAGUGGAUGACUGCCAAUGUAAGGUGGAAAGCCUUGACUCCCUGAACAAUGACCAGAUCUACCCGCGCAUGAAAAGCUUGUUGUCCAGAAACUUCUUCAGAUAUUUCAAGGUUAACCUGCACAAGGAAUGUCCCUUCUGGGCAGAUGACAGCAGAUGUGCCAUGAAAAACUGUGCAGUGGAAAUGUGCACUCAGGAUGAUCUGCCAUUUGGCUUGAAGGAAGAAGAAGAUAAAGAGAGCGAAAACAAAUACAUAGAAAAGGCGCAGAGUGAAGACUGUCCAACUAAAGCAGAUGUAACCCUUGGAGACAUAGAUACAACCAUCAGCAAGGAAAGUCAGCAGGCCUUUAAAGACUGGACAAAAUAUGACGAUGCCCAAGAGACUUUCUGUGAACUUGACGAUGACACCACUGGAAACUGUGAUUACGUUGAUCUUCUGUUGAACCCUGAACGCUACACUGGGUACAAGGGGGAAUCCCCUCACCGCAUCUGGAACAGCAUCUACAAUGAAAACUGCUUCAAGGCUCCAGACCAGUCUGGCUACAAUUCCCAGUCUCUUACAGAAAAAACAUUGGAAGGUAUGUGCCUUGAGAAGCGUGUCUUUUACCGAAUGAUCUCCGGUCUCCAUGCUAGUAUCAGCAUCCAUCUCUCACACGAAUACCUCUUCCCAGCCUCCACAUGCUAUGGGACAGAGAAAUGGGGCCAAAAUAUGGAGGAGUUUCUGCGGAGGUUUGACCAUGAACAGACAGACGGACGUGGCCCACAGUGGCUGAAGAACCUCUAUUUUACAUAUCUGGUUGAGUUACGGGCCAUUGCCAAGGCGGCACCUUAUCUGGAGGAGGAAGGGUAUUUCACGGGUGACGAUGAGGAGGACAAUGCUGUGAAAGAGGGAGUGCUUGACCUGCUAAAUGUUGUCAAACAGUUUCCUAACCAGUUUGAUGAAAGUAAACUCUUCAAAGGGAAUAAAAAGGAGGCUCAAGCUUUGAAGGAGGAAUUCCGAGACCAUUUCCGGAACAUCUCCCGGAUCAUGGACUGUGUAGGCUGUGAUAAGUGUAAACUGUGGGGAAAACUACAGGUGCAGGGUAUGGGGACUGCACUGAAGAUUCUGUUCUCGGGGGAUGGGAUGGGGCCUCAGUCCACUGUGAAGGCAGGGUCCAAACAGAAGUUCCAGCUCAGAAGAACUGAGAUCGUCUCAUUGCUCAAUGCUUUUGGAAGGUUAUCUUCCAGUAUUCAUGCAAUUGAAGUGUUCCGACGGAUGAUCAGCUGACACGCCCACACAUGAAUACACCUCUCUGAGACACGUGCAUUCCACUUAUCCAUUCCAGCCUAGUGAAUGAGCAUCUGCUUUACCACUUGGUUCUUCAAACUUUGAAUCAGAUAGUUUUGAAGUUUUAUAUGGCUUAAAACAAUGUGUAAAGUGUUCAGGGUUCUCACUUGGGUUAACACAACAUGUGACCAAUGAAGGGAUUAUAUUUCCUCAAUAAAUAAUUUUGAUGGCACAUGGUUGCAUAAUUCAAUGUAUUACUUUGACAACCUUUGAUGGACAACCUUCUACAAGGGAACAGGCAGAGUAAGGCAACCAUUUUAUCAUGCUGAUAUGAGAAGUCCCAGGGGUCAACUUAAGAUAAAAAUCCAUCCUUUUUGUUACAUAUAACAUUAAAAUCCAUAAGGCCUAAAGCAAAUGUGGGAGUCCAGGUACAUCUGAAUAAGAAGCAAAGAGAACCCUGAACCACUGAAAUUCUAUGUGCUCUGCUGUGUGCUAUAUGUGCAAGGUGUACUGUAUGUUUAAUGUGUCAUUAAUUUGUGUUUUAGCUAGGAGUUAUGGUAGGGUGCUGCAACCUACAAAUAUACAUAUUUGGCAGUUGAAACCGAAUAUUACUUUAAUUAAACACAAUUCCUACCAUUUUAUGUCACAUUCAUAAUGUUCUGAUUCUUGACAGCCUGAUACAGAAUGCCCUUUUCUCCUAAAGAAUCCUGUCCUUCAUCUGCUGCACCCUGUCCUAAAUCAGGCUAAAACCCAACAUGAAUACAGAGACUGCUAUAAGUAAAUCCAGGGCUCUUUUUCAGUAAUGUCCUGAGUCUAAAUAUGAUUUUCACUCGGAUUUUUAUUUUUAUUAUACCCCCACAAACGAAGUUUGAGGGGGUAUAUAGGAGUGAGCUUGGCGGUGGGUCUGUCGGUCGGUCGGCCUGUCGGUUUUCAUGGUUUCCGGACGAUAACUCAUGAAAGGCUAGACAGAUUUGAAAAUUUUUUGGUACACAGGUGUAACAUCAGAAGAUACAGGUCAAGUUCGAUAUUGGGGCUGGUGGGGCCAAGGUCAAGGUCACUGUUACUAAAAAUAGAAAAACGGUUUCUGGACGAUAACUCAUGAAAGGCUUGACAGAUUUGAACAAUUUUUGGUACACAGGUGUAACAUCAGAAGAUACAGGUCAAGUUCGAUAUUGGGGCUGGUGGGGCCAAAGUCAAGGUCACUGUUACUAAAAAUAGAAAAACGGUUUCCGGACGAUAACUCAUGAAAGGCUUGACAGAUUUGAACAAUUUUUGGUACACAGGUGUAACAUCAGAAGAUACAGGUCAAGUUCGAUAUUGGGGCUGGUGGGGUCAAGGUCACUGUUACUAAAAAUAGAAAAACGGUUUCCGGACGAUAAUUCAUGAAAGGCUAGACAGAUUUGAACAAUUUUUGGUACACAGGUGUAACAUCAGAAGAUACAGGUCAAGUUCGAUAUUGGGGCUGGUGGGGCCAAGGUCAAGGUCACUGUUACUAAAAAUAGAAAAACGGUUUCCGGACGAUUACUCAUGAAAGGCUAGUUUUUCUUGUCAGCAGUGUAACUUCUAAAUUACUCAACAGAUUUAUAUAAAACAAUACAUGCAUGAUAAAAGAAGAUGCAGUGUGCAGUAACCUUGGAGUUAUGGCCUCUUUUCAAAGGAAUUGUUUGCCAUUCCUGUGUCCAGGCGGCAUUUGGGGGUAUUCGUCACUCCUGUGACAGCUCUAGUUUUUGUUGUUAAAAUGUUAAAAUUGGAGCAAUGAUGGCAAAAAUUUGCCACAUACUUUACAGAUAAUCUGUUCUACAAUUAGGCUUGCAUUUAUUGUCAAUUGAAAGAUAAUAUAUAAAUAUUUUGAAUAAUCUAGAAAUUAAGUCUUCUGACUUAGACUCAAAACAUUAGUGAAUAGUCGCUCAACAGCAGGGAAGGUGAAAAUUGUAUAUGUACUUUAGGAUAUUUUUUUUCUGAAUUUUGUUUGUUAUUGUGCCAACUUUUCUUAUGUCAUGUUAAUGUUUCUAGAUAUUUAUUUGUGAAAGAAAAUGAUUGUUAUGUGAAUUUUCAAUUUGACAGAGUUCUCUAAGUUGUGACAUUUAAAUUACAUAAGUCUUAAUACUGUUAUAAUGUUAAACAUCACAAAAUUGUAAUAUAUUUUUUUUCUUAAUACUCAUUGAAAACCAAUUCCAAAGAUCUGGGUAAUGAACAGACUCAAGUCCAAGCCUAGACUCAGACUCAGAAAAGCAUUUUUUAUUAAGGAGCACUGGUGUACUAGUUAUGACAGAGGUUGUUUGGGUGUAGUGAGCUGCUAUAAUCAACAUAAGUUUUGUUUCAUUUCCUGAUAAAAAAAGUUUUGAAGAAAUAUGAAAAAUAUCUUUUGGAUUAUCCUUCAGUGACAGUGCAACAAAUUAGAUAAAGCAGAUUAUUUUUCAUCAUUUAGAGAAUUGUCAAAAUUAUGUUGUUGCUUCUAUUGUGAUGUACAUUUUUAUAAAUCUAUUUUUUUUCUUAUAACUCAUUUGAUAAUUACCUUUCUUUGGCUUAGCUUAGCUUAGCUUAGAGUAAAGGUACACUAUAACAGUUCACAUAACUGACAGGUAUUGUUCAUGUAUAUGACCAUUUAAAUCUGUGAUAUCUCAGGAGUUUUCCUAUCACCUGGUACAGGUGGUUGUAUUUUCUGUGGAUGCAAUCCAUCUCUUAGUUAUGUUACAAAUUGGAAUAUUUUAUUUACUUAUACUUGUGAUAUUAAAUAUGAAAAGAGACAAAUACUGUCUGUAUCAUUGAUAUUAUGCUUUGUUGUACCCCGGUAGUAAUGCUGCAUGUAUGUACAGUGAGUAGUCGUUGAACAGGCCUUUUAAAAAGGAUCAUUCUGUAAGUUAUGUUGAACAUGUUAAAGUUUAGUGAAUCAACAUUAAAUGCCAUUUCAUAAAAAGGAUUGUAUGAUUAUUUUUUUUUAUAAUUUUAUCCUUAUUUGUUAUUUUUAAAUGAAAUUCUAAGGGAUGAUAGAAGACACAUUAUUCUAUUACACUUAUCAACAGAACUUCAUUUAAAACCCCUUAAAGAAAUACUUGUAUGUAUAAAUUUAUUUUUUAACAAUAUACUUCUGAAUUGUAUAUAACACAUAUUUAAUUCACAGGUAUUUACAAUGGCAUAUUUUAUAAUUAGAACAUGUGAUAUUGAGAACUGUAAUCUUGAUUACAAUUUUUGUCAUGAUUAUGUCUCAUACACGGGUAUGUGUCUGUGAAUAGUUUGAGCUCUGUGCCCUGGUUUUAUUCAUACUCAUUCCAUAUACUGUAUCGACUGGCUGCUUUUAUCUGAAAUUGUAUAAUGUUGUUGUUUAUUUAGAAUUUCUAUUUAAGAGAUACACCAAGGGAUAUCUGUUAGUGAUUAAUGACCUAUGACUAAUGUCUUAAUUAGGCCAUCACAUACAUGUACAUGUGCAAUAAUAACAUUGUUUCAUAGCUUGAUGGCAAUAAUAAUUACGGGUAGAUCUUGCCCGUCUGUUCAAUUCUUGUCAUCCAGGUUUUGAAAGUAUUAGAAUGAGUUCUAAAUGAUAUGAGAUUUUUAGAAAUCUUACAAAUUAAAUGCAAUGUAAAUUUAAUCUCUGAACAUAUAUAUUAAUGACCAAAUUGAAUUCUGCUACAAUGUAUGAUAAAUUUUCCUUUUUAUGAGUGAAUGUUGUAGAAAAAAUUCGAUUUAAGUCAAAAGGUUGAUAUUUUUGUUAAUGUUUAUCUGUUCUCACAUCAUAAUUUAAAUAUUCAUUUAUUUUGUAUUAUUUAUUUAGUCAACAAUAGUUCAUGUCUAAAUACUUAAUUUAUUUAAAAAUAGUUUAUUUGAGUGUAUGUAGGUUGCGUUGCUCUUCUGUUUGCUCUCAAGUGUUUUAAAAGUCAAUCCUGUGCAACAUUAGUUACAAGAAAGCCCUUUUCCAGCUGAUGGCUUGAAUAGCUGAAGCCUGCCUCGUGGAUAGCGCUCUUCCGCAAUGUGGUGUUGCAUGGAAAAUAGAAACACUCCACUGAAACACUCCACUGGCACUCAAGAUUCUGUCACUUGUAAUAGAUGUAGAGGGAGAGACUGUUUUCCUUUCAAGGGAAUUUUGUUCAAUGUUUGUUUUUCCUUUCUAUGUUACUUGUUAUAUGAUUGUUUGAGUCAGAAUUCAGAUUGUGUUUCAUAUUGUCAUAGUUGUUUAUGAAAUUUGAAAUGAAUAAAAAAAAAGAAAUCUCA